UUCUUCGGUUAACUGUCACCCUCUCCCCUCCCCCAACACACACACCAGGCCCUGCCAGGACAAGGCAGCUCCUGGAAGCUCCACCAGGACCCACGUCCACCAGGCAUCUCGAACCCUCGGCCCCCAUGGACCCCCUGAGGCGCUCCCCCUCUCCCUGCCUGUCCUUGCGGCCCUCCAGCCCCAGCACCCCACCCUGCGAGAUGCUUGGUCCUGUGGGCAUUGAGGCUGUGCUGGACCAGCUGAAGAUCAAGGCUAUGAAGAUGGGGUUUGAGUUCAACAUCAUGGUGGUGGGGCAAAGCGGGCUGGGCAAGUCCACGAUGGUGAACACGCUGUUCAAGUCCAAAGUGUGGAAGUCAGACCCACCGGGCUUGGGGGUGCCCACACCCCAGACGCUGCAGCUGCAUUCACUGACCCAUGUCAUAGAGGAGAAGGGUGUGAAGCUGAAGCUGACGGUGACGGACACGCCCGGCUUCGGGGACCAGAUCAACAAUGACAACUGCUGGGACCCCAUCCUGGGCUACAUCAAGGAGCAAUACGAGCAGUACCUGCAGCAGGAGAUCCUCAUCACCCGCCAGCGCCACAUCCCAGACACCCGGGUGCACUGCUGCGUGUACUUUGUACCACCCACUGGGCACUGCCUGCGGCCCCUGGACAUUGAGUUCCUGCAGCGGCUGUGCCGGACUGUGAAUGUGGUGCCCGUGAUUGCCCGGGCCGACAGCCUGACCAUGGAGGAGCGAGAGGCCUUCAGGCGCAGGAUCCAGCAGAACCUGAGGACCCACUGCAUCGACAUCUACCCCCAGAUGUGCUUUGACGAGGACGUCAAUGACAAAAUCCUCAACAGCAAGUUACGGGACCGAAUCCCUUUUGCCGUGGUAGGGGCUGACCAAGAGCACGUGGUGAACGGGAGGUGUGUCCUGGGCCGGAAGACCAAGUGGGGCAUCAUUGAAGUGGAGAACAUGGCGCACUGUGAAUUUCCUCUCCUGAGAGACCUGCUUAUCCGCUCCCAUCUCCAAGACCUGAAGGACAUAACCCACAACGUCCACUAUGAGAACUACCGCAUCAUCAGACUCAAUGAAAGCCACCUGCUGCCCCGCGGGCCCGGCUGGGUGAACCUGGCCCCGGCCUCCCCAGGACAGCUGACUACCCCCCGGACCUUCAAGGUCUGCAGGGGGGCCCAUGACGAUUCUGAUGAUGAGUUCUGACCACCGGCGGAUCCCGGGGCUGCUGGGCUUCCUGAGUCCCUGGUGGCUCUCAACACACACCUAUGUACCAGAGCAUCUAUUAAAUGUGAGCCUUGCUUGUUAUGAAAAGCUGUGCUUUGAAAACAAAAGGCAUUUUGUAAAUGACUUCUUUGAGCUAUCCGCAAAUAAAAAGGCUGGGUCUCACUCUGUUACCCAGGCUGGA